UAUAAAUUGCUUCUCUUGUUCUAGAGCUUCCUAUCUGCCUCUCUAAUCACUACUCACAGUAACCUCAACUCCUGCCACAAUGUACAAGCUACAACUCUUGUCUUGCAUUGCACUAACACUUGCACUCGUUGCAAACGGUGCACCGACUUCAAGCUCUACGGGGAACACAAUGAAAGAAGUGAAGUCAUUGCUGCUGGAUUUACAGUUGCUUUUGGAGAAAGUUGAAAAUCCCGAGAACCUCAAGCUCUCCAAGAUGCAUACAUUUAACUUUUUCAUGCCCAAGGUUAACGCUACAGAAUUGAAACAUCUUAACUGUCUACUAGAAGAACUCAAACUUCUAGAGGAAGUGCUAAAUUUAUCUCCAAGCAAAAACCUGAACCCCAAAGAGAUCAAGGAUUCAAUGGAUGAGAUCAAGGAUUUAAUGGACAAUAUCAAGAGAAUAGUUUUGGAACUACAGGGAUCUGAAACAAGUUUCAAAUGUGAAUAUGAUGCGACAACAGUAAAGGCUGUAGAAUUUCUGAACAAAUGGAUUAUCUUUUGUCAAAGGAUCUACUCAACAAUGACUUGAUAACUAAGUGCCUCUCAUUUUAAACGUACCAGGCUUUCUAUUUAUUUAAAUAUUUAAAAUUUAUAUUUAUUUUUUGAUAUAUGUUUUUCUACCUUUUGUAACUAUUAGUCUUAAGAUGAUAAAUAUGGAUCUUUUAAGAUUCUUUAUGUAAGCCCUACGGGCUCUAAAAAAUUCAGUUAAAUUAUUUAUCCUAAAGUAUUUAUUUUUAUAUUGAAUUUUUAAAUAUAAUGUCUAUGCAGGUCAUUGACUAAAAUUAUUUAAUAAAGUUGAUGAAUAAAAACAAA